CCGCGCUGCUCUCGCGAGCUGUCAAGGAGGGUGGGAGAGGGCGGAAAAUGGCGCCUAUCGUUCCUAGUAGUGGUGCAAGCUUGGUUUCCAGGGCUAUGGCCCUGCUCCUCUCUCUGGGCGUGGAAAGGGCUCUGGCGCUACCCGAGAUAUGUACCCAGUGUCCGGGGAGUGUGCAAAAUUUGUCAAACGUGGCCCUUUACUGUAAGCAGACUCCGGAGCUAAUGCUGCAGGCCCGCUGCUGCCUGAAUCAAAAGGGCACCAUCUUGGGAUUGGAUCUCCAGAACUGUUCUUUGGAGGAUCCUGGGCCAAACUUUCCUCAAGCAUAUACUGCUGUUAUCAUAGACCUUCAAGCAAACCCUCUCAAGGAUAACUUGGCCAACACCUUCCAUGGCUUUAUCCAGCUCCAGACUCUGGUACUGCCACAAGAUAUAAGCUGUCCUGGGGGUAAUAAUGCCUGGAAACAAGUUAUCUCUUAUAAAGACAACAAGAUCUGCCAAGGGCAAAGGAACCUUUGCAAUAGCACUGGAGACCCAGAAAUGUGUCCCGAGAAUGGAUCUUGUGCAGUUGAUGGUCCUGGUGUCUUGCAGUGUGUUUGUGCUGAUGGCUUCCACGGAUACAAGUGUAUGCACCAGGGCUCCUUCUCACUAUUUAUGUUCUUUGGGAUUCUGGGAUCCACCACACUAUCCCUCUCCAUUUUGCUUUGGGGAACCCAGCGCCGAAAAGCCAAGACUUCAUGAACUACACAGGGCUUCCUACUGACCUAAGAUCAUCCUGAUGUAUAUAGCCCAGCAAGGAAGAUUUGUUAACUUGACGGGCAUCAUUGACCAACGGACCCUCCUAAGUCUGAGGCUGCAUUUGGAAGGAAAAAGAAAAAUUGCACUACACCAGUGUUGGACACUCUUGAGUCAGGAA